UAUGGAAUAGAGCUGAAAUUACCCAAAUGUGUGUCCUAGACACCCACUCAGCUGCUGGCAGUAAGGCAGAUUCUCCUGAUUCAUGUUUUUGGAUAAGGAUGAUCUGAGUUGUAUUCCCAUAGUUGCCAGGAAUUUUUUUUUUUAAUAAUACAGGCAUGAUAAAGAAGAGGGUGGAUUUUAUUUGUUUUUUUCUUCAGGGAGAGACGUUUGUGUGGAGCAAGGUGAUAAAAGGAGACAGAAGCCAUUUUGCUUGGUUUUUUGAGACGUGUUCCUACCUCUAAUGCAUUUAUAAAGCCAGUUUUGCAUGGAACUAAGCCAUACCUCUCGAUGACCACAGCCCUCAAAUAACAGGACAUUUAUUUUUAAAAAGUGCAAGAGGCUUAACCUAACAUUAAUCUAAUCCACAUUUUCCUUGCAUCAGAACAGUCAUUAUUUUUAUUACAGUAGUGCUUCAAGGCCCCACACAUCUCCAGGCCCCAAAUGUGCUAGACACUGUACCAACACAUAUUAGGAGACAGUCCAUGCACUAAAGAGGCUUGCAGCCUAAGCUAAUGCAGUUCUCUUUGCAGGGCUGGGGUUUAAAUAAAAUAAAUAACGGGUGGGAGAAAGGAAGUAGUCAUCCUGUUUUAUAGCUGGGAACUGAGACACGGAGAGAUUAAAUUAUUUGCUGAAAGUUACACAGGACCUCUCUCUGAGAGCUAGGAAUUCUCAGAUCCCCUGAGUCCCCAUUCAGUUCUUUAACCAUGAGAUUGUCCUCCCUCACUUAAUUUUUUUUAUGGACAAGUGCCAAUAUUCAUCCAUUUUAAGAGAACAAUUUCUUAAGUAGCACCUGGCCCCAUUUGUGCCACUCAGUCCCCAUGAUGAAGGAAGGGCAAGCUGAGCUGAAAGUUACUGUGAACCUAACCCUGUCCCAAACGGUUUUAACAUUCUUAUUUUAUUGCAUUGUCUUGGGAGUCCGUUGUGUUCUAUAACAUAACUGCUAUCAAUAAUCAUGAACGAUGCAUGUGUAGACACAGCCUGUUAGAAGCUCAAAAUACAUUUGCUUCUCCCGGUGAUUUUUGUCCUCUCUCAAAUAUGUCAAAGUUUGAUUAGCAGGACAGUCUUAGGAGGAUGAGAUAAAAGCUCAAUCUUGUUUCUUCGUUGUUCCUGUUCACCAUCAUGCCUCUGGCCAAAAAUCCUAUAAGAACCCCUGUGAAUCAAAUAUGCCCUGUGUGCAUACAUACCAAAUGCAGAUUUACUAGUACUUCUUCUGUGGACAAUGUCAUUACUGAUCCUCCCUUUGUUAAACAACUCUAGCUGACCCAUAUAAAAUGAAGCCAGCAGCUGUGGAUUUCAGAAUUUUGGCACUGGCCGCUCAGGUCACUGAAAGCUCUGAUCAGGAUGUUCCUGUGUUGCUGUUGAAGUUAAAAGAAAUUUUAAAUAGUACAUCUCUGGGAAGUAAAGAAUCGCAGAAAAUUAAACAGGACCUCUACUAUUAUAAUCUUGUUCAAUACUGUAUGUUGGUCCUUAAACAAGAUUACUCUCGACUGCCUGGGGGCUGGGCUACUGCUGCCCAGCUAUCAGAGAUACUGAGUCAGUGUUGUGUGGGACUGGAGGUGAAAGAAGAUCCUGAAGAAUUUUACAAUAAGUUACUUCCUUCAGCUGUCGAUAACCUCCUGUUUUUGGGAAGACGUCUGCAAGCACGGUUUAUCCGAGCAAUCAAGGAUGAAGAAAAAAGUGAAUUUUUACGGUGUUUCCGGACAGUAACUGAUGCCAUCUGCUGGCUGUUUGGUGGGCAUAUUCAGCUAAUGGAGUGUGUGCUGCAGAGUAACCAUUUCCUGCAGUUGCUAAUCACAGAUGAUGUCGAGACGGCAACUGCAAUGAUGUCUGUGUUACAGAAUAUUUUGAGGGCCAACAGUUCUGUGCUACUCCAUGUGGAUGAAGAGAACCUUCACUCUGUUUUAGAUGAACUUGUUUAUAAGCUUUCAUCUACCACCAAUCCUGUCACGGGAAAUGCUGCUACAAAAGUGUUGCUGGCAGUGGCAGAAUCUCACCCCCAACUUGUGGAGUUACUCAGUACCCGCUACAGAGGACUGCGAACUCUGCUAAGUAAGCAAUGGGCUGGCAAAGGAUUUGACAGGAAUCUCAAUCAACUUUCGGACCUGCUUUACUCAGAAUCCUGCAGGAAAGGAGAAAUGCAGAGACUGCAUCAAGCAGCUUGUUUAAUCCAGGCUGUGUGGAGGGGAUUUCAGACCAGGAAAAGAUUAAAGACGCUUCCUAAAGCAGUGACUGCCUUACAGAGAAGUUUCAGAGCUAAACGAAAACAGGAAUUGCAACAUUUAAAGAGGCUGAAAGAAGACGAGACCCUCAGACAACAAUUGCAGCUUCAGAGACAAAGGGCCAUGAGGCUCUUUCAUGAACGGCAACUGACUUUACUGGAAAUAGUCCAUGCUGGUCAGGUAGAUAGGUACAUUCAGGAAAUGGAGGGGAAGGCAGCAUUAACUAUCCAGAGACACUGGAGGGGAUAUAGGGCAAGGAGAAAAGUUCAUCAACAAAGACAAUCUCUUAAGCAGCAUAAGGCAGCUGUCAUCAUUCAGAGAGCAGCUCAUAAAUUCCUGGGAAAAUGUCAAAGGAAACGGAAGGCUCUCUCCCCCUGGAAGGAACCCAAGGAACUCACCAGUGCACAGAAACUAGCAUUACAGCAAAAGGUGGAUGACUACAUCAGACUGCACCCGGCUUCCCAAAUGUCAGAAGGAAUGAGUAAGGAACUACAUCUGCAGGGCCAGGAAAAGCUGGCACAGUACCUGCUCAGGAGCAGUCUGGAUCGCAGAGCAGAACAGCGCAGAGAGGCGUUACUAGCUCAGGUCAACACCGACGUGGAGCUGUUGAUGAGUAUGUGCCUGUCUCCAGGUGCUCCAAGUCUCAUGGAGGCCACAGAAAAAGAUCUUGAUGUCUUUAUGAGUCGGUCAGUCCCUGUAGCAUGCAAAGCCAGACAAUCCCAUAAUACCAUGCUGAAACAUACUCGCUGGCCAUGGUGGAAGAAGCUUGGAGAUGAAUUCAUGGAUGACGAUAUGAUUCCUGAUGAUGUUCUCAAUACUGAAUUUGGAACUCUCUUUAUUGGUGGAAGUAAAUCCUCUUAGUUAGCAGGCAGAAGAAAUUGUAAUGCAGUGACCCAGACUCAUAUGCCAUACUAUGCAGUCAUAUUGAGUAUGUACUGUAUGGAAAGAAAACAUUCCAGUCCUGUGCCUGAGGUAGGAUCAAAAGGCAUUUUAAUUUUAGUGGGUUUGUUAUUCUUAAUAAAAAAAAAAACCUUAUAGGAAUCUCCUUUUGCAGAAGAACCUGAUAUCUACGCUGUGUUCAAGGUAAAAUUAUAUCCAGUUUGAUGCUAGAAUCAGGAUUCAAGUACAGUAAUUGUAAAUAUGUAUUUAUGUGCCUGGUGUAUUCUUUAAUUUUAAAAAAAUAAAUGUAUGAACUGUG